AUUGCAUUCCCCUUUGCAAUGAGCAACAAACUGGUCACACUUUUGCUCACAGUGGCUGGCCUAGCUCUGUCACCUUUCAUUAUACUUGGCCUUAUUACCUUGGUAACAGUAGCCGUUGUUGUUAGUACCUUGACAUCUUCAUUUAUUUUGAUCAGGCUUGCUAUGUUGAUACUGGAAGUACUAUCAUCCCUGACUAUAACCUCGACCAAUUGGCUACUCAGCACAACGGUUCACACUCUUGGAAGUCAUUUAUGGGGUUGGUCACAUCAACAAAACCAAUCAAUUAUCCAUCAACGAAUAAUGGAGCAGCGAAAAGUCUCCUCCUCAUUAGCUCGUAGACGAAAACGGUCCACGAGCAAACUGGAUGUACCUGAACACUAUUUACCAAAGAGACGGUCGGUGUCUAACCCAGGCACCCCUAUCAGCCAUCAUGGAAAUUACUUUGACACAAAGGCUACGCUUGGCCUAGAGAUGACCACCCGGCCACAAAUUGUAGCCUCCCUCUGAAAUACCUGUCUACCCCCUUUACCCGAAAUUACAACCUGUGUAUAUCACCCUAUACCACCUUUCUCUAGGAAGAGAAAUGUUUUCGAUAGUUUUACAGAAUGGCUAUGGCCAAGCUUAUUUAGAUUGUAGAUAGUAUUCAUUUAUUUUUCUUUACAUCAUUGCCUGUAACUAAAGUAUCCGAUUCGGUUCUGUACAGCUUGACGUGUCAUGUAGGUCAAUCAAAAAUCAUACUUAGUAGGAAAGGAAUGCUUUUUCUAAGGGUUGCCUACAGUAUGUGACUAUUGGUAGGAUU